AUGCUGAUCUUACAGAGAAUGGUGUUUAUGUUGCUGCUGGCUGGUUUACAGUGGACUAGAUGUAAUGGCAACACCACAGACUCCGCAAGCAGUUUACAAAGCACUGCCAGCGCAUCUACACACACAAGUGAAUCAUCUUGGACUGCAGCUAGCAACACAGCGUCUGUUGUCCCAUCAUCAGAUUUCACUUAUCACAAUACAACAAGUGAAACAACAGAAAACGACACUCAAAGCACUAGCAUAACUCCUCAUUACACACAAACGUCACAGCAGCAGGAGCUGUCAACAGAAGUUUCCACUCAAUCUUCUACACAUGACAACAGAACUCCAUUUUCAUCAGAGAUUCCCACGAUCACAAGCAACUUGUCAGGAGUAUCUGAAAGCGCUGCCGAUACAACGCACACCGAACAAUCAGAAGCAGCACCAAACAGCUUCAGCACUACUGCCUACAGUGUCAGUUUUACUACAGUGGCCUCCACCGGUGACAUUCAAACAAGCGUAACAGCUCUUCCCAAUAACAUCACCACUACUAGCAAUAAUGCCAAAACAGACUUAACGUCAAAUGUACAAACUAACAGCUCUACAGGGACACAUGAAACCAGCAAAGAGGACAGCAAUGGAGGAGUAAUAUUUGGUGCCAUUGUAGGAACUGUGCUUGGAUCUGCAUUAAUUGGGUUGGUUGGUUACUUCAUUUGUAAGAAGAGAAAAUCUGAAGGAUUUACCCAUCAAAGACUUUAUGAUGACACAGGAAAUGAUCCAGUUCUGCGACUGGACAAUGUACCAGAGUCUUAUGGUACGAGCUCCGCAGAUCCGUCAUACUACAAUCCGACAACGGCUAAUGAGACAACAGUCCAAAACAGCCACCCACCCUAUGAUACUAUUCCAAUGGAUGACAUGACUUUAACACCACGCUUACCAUAA